GAUGAUAUAGUAGAAGAGCAAAUGUUGUUGGUGGGGCUGUGACUGUGACUGGAAUCUGAGUGCGAGCCAAAAAAAAAGAUACUGAAAACAGAACAUAAGCACAAAUCCAGAGAGGAAAGGAUAAAGAAAGGUGGCUGUCAAUCUCUUAAUAACCAAAAAAGCAAGCAAAAAUCUCUCCACAUUUAAUUUUUCCAUAGCAUUUAUGCUCUCCAGUUAUUACCCACUUUGAUUGUGCAGUAACUCCACAAGAUCUGAAAAUUUAAGCCACAAAGCUGUGUUUAACCGUAGCUUAAAAACCCACUUUGUUUUUGUGUUCUUCCAACUUUUUAAGAGAGAGGGUCAAAGCAUGGAGGUUGGCCAGAUGCAGAGAGCAUGGGUUGAAUAUACCAAGUCCUUGUUUAGGGAGGGUUUUCUGGAUGCCCAGUUUCAACAGCUUCAGCUUCUGCAAGAUGAGAGCAACCCGGAUUUUGUUGCUGAAGUGGUAUCUCUCUUCUUUGAAGAUUCAGAGAGGCUUCUGACUGAUCUAACCUCUGCCUUAGAACAGCAAAAUAUAGACUUCAAAAAGGUUGAUGCUCAUGUUCACCAGUUUAAGGGUAGCAGCUCCAGCAUAGGUGCACUGAGAGUUAAAAACGACUGCAUCGCCUUUCGCAACUUCUGUGAGGAACAGAACAUUGAGGGGUGCCUGAGAUGCCUGCAGCAAUUGAAACAUGAUUACUAUCUUGUGAAGAGCAAGCUUGAAGCUCUAAUCAGGUUGGAGCAACAGAUCGUGGCAGCUUGCGGGACGAUUCCUAUGGAAGAAUUGAGUUCUUAAGGCUAACAAUUCAAUGCAAGGAAAGCUGCAACUAAAAGUGGGAGGAUUACUGUAGAGAAGCUUUUUUGGGUUUUUCGCGUUCUACUACUCUCACUGGAAGGUUCUGUUUAACUAAUGAGAUUGUGCUUGUAUUAAUUCAUGAAGAUAAGUCCCAUGAACUACAACUUAUCAUUAUGUGCUUCAAUCCAGACAACCAUUGCUCUUCA